AUGCUCUUCUCGUUCUUCCUCAUGCUCUCUGCCCUCUUCCUCUCCGUCCUCGCGGCCCCUCUCAACACGCGCCAGGAGACCGUUUCCAACGUCAAGUGCACUAGUGGCUCCGCUCUUGACUUCCACACCGUGAAUGUUGCGCAGCUCCAAAUCUGCGGCGGCAUUGCGGGCACGAUCCAGAAGUGCCAGGGUGCACCGACUUCGACGACGGGCGUAUCCAACAACGUGCAGUUCAGCAUCAACCCGGUGCAGAAGGGUGCGACUAUCAACAUCUCCAAGGGUCGCUGGGAGCAGGGCAUCAAGGCUGCGUUCGCGGUCUGCGGUCAGGACCAGCCUUUCACGGCAACGUUUACGGGCGGCGCCAGCACUGGCGACGUCAACGUCGAGCUCAAGGCGAUCUGA